AUGGGCGGCCGCAAAGCCCUGAAGCCCGUGGGGGGGCAGGCCAGCAUCAGCGCCUUCUUCAAGCGCAGCAGCGCGGCCGGCAGACCGGACGCGGGGCGCGCUGCGUGCGACAUGACAGACGGAAACAAUGCUAUUGAGACAGCAGUGGAGAAACGGGCCGCCCCGACGCCGCCAACGGCGCCCGUCGCGAAGCGCCGGCAAACGAGUGACGGCCCGCUGCUCACAAGUGUCCUUGAGGCGGAGGCGGGGGCCAGGGAGGACCUGGUCGCGACGCCGCGUGCUGCGACCAGACGCGAGCAGCCAACCUUGGAAGAGGACCCUGCCGGCCCGGAACGCCCCGAGGCUCGACCGCGCGCCGCGCCGGAACUGGUAUCUUCACCGGUGGAAGCAGUGGUCGGUUCGCCGCCGCGACUGCGCGCGACUCCGGCCGCGCAGGAGCCAGCAAAAGUGGUUUGCGACGCAACCACACAGGGCCACCGCACGCCGCCGCGUCGGCGCCCCGCGCCGGCGUCGUCCCCCGCGAGGCCCGCGGAUCCGUCCGCGGCCCCGGCGCGGCGCGCCUCACGGCGGCAGGCGCGCUGUCACGACAGUACCCCUCCAGCGCAACCCAUCGGCGCGGCAGCGCCGUCAGGGCCCGCAUCGCAGGAACCGCCGCCGUCGCCUGCAGCCGAGACGCAGCGCCGCGGCGCCGGGGAUGCGCGUCCUUGCGGCGGCGCCGUGGCGGACGAUAAAACGACGCGUAAGAGCUACGAGGCGCUGCGCGCGGAGCGGAUCAAGAGGAACCGCGAGAUCAUGAUCGCGAUGAUCGGCGACGAUCCGGUGCUCAGGAGCGUCAACCGCGCGGCCGCGCGGAAGGCCAAGCCGAAGCCGCGGGCGCCCCGCGCCCCGCUGCCGCCGCGCCGGCAACAACCGCGCCGCGGCUGCGCGGACGCCGCGCCUGCCGCGGAGCGAGCCGCCGAGCCGCCCGAGGACGUCGAGGAGGAGGCGGUCGAGUACGACGACUCCUCCGUGCUGCGGUACACGUGCUCGUCAGCGCCCGCUCGUGCCGACGGCGGCGACGCGGGCUGGGUGGCGAAGCUGUCGCUGCCGGACCGCUUCGACGGCGCCGCGGAGGAGGCGUGCGGCGCGGCGGGCACCCUGCGGGGCUUCCGGGAGGUGCCUUGCUGCUUCACGGACGACCACAUGAAGCGUGCGUACUCAAUAGACCACCAGGGGGGUCUUUUGGCCGCGGGCGGGCACGGCGGGCGGCUCGCGGUGUUCGGCACGCGGGUGCUCGCGGAGGGCUGCGCUCGGGGCGACGAGGACGUCGGUCCGCUCUUGUCUUGCAAGCUUUUCAAGGGCUGGGUGUCGGAGGUCCGGUUCCUGUCGCAGCAGGCAUGCGAGGGGCAGCGGCUGCUGCUGGCGACGUCGAACGACGGGUCGUGCGGCGUGUUCGACGUGAACAAGACGGGCGCGGGCCGGCCGAAGGAGGUGGCGGCCGCGGAGGUGCAUGCGGGGGGGGUGUUUAGCAUGGACGAGGCAGCGAUGCGCGUGGCCACCGCGAGCAAGGACGGCACUGUCAGCGUCGCGGUGGUCGCUGACGACGCGAGCCUGAAGCAGGACGCGGUCUUCGAAGACCUUCACGGGGGCAACGUCGUCAAGUCGGUGCGGUGGCGGGGCCCCGCCGGUGACGUCAUGGCCACAGCCGGCAACGACCACGCAGUCGUGGUCACCGACUCGCGCGGACGCAGCGCCAGCGUGCGCAUCGACGACGCCCACGGAUCCGCAGUGAACUUCGCGGAAUGGCACCCCGCGGACGCCAACGUGCUCGCCACGACGGGCUUCGACGCUGCCGUGAAGAUUUGGGACAUUCGGAACCCGAGCAAACCCACCGCGGAGCUGCUCGGACACUGCCUCGGCAACGGAAGGGUGUCGUCGCUGUACCGCCCGGUCUUCCUCGCCGGCGGCGGCAUCGUGGCGGCCUCGGGCGAGAAGUCGCAGGCCCUCUCGCUGUACAGCCUUUCUACCGGCAAGGCCGUGAGCCGCGGGGCGCUCGGGUUCCAGCCAACGGCGAUACUGGGCUUCCCGAUGCAGCCCGCCGCGCCGCUCGUGCUCGCGACCACGAAGGCGCUGCAAGUCUACCUUCCAGACCACAACGACAACCACUAA